AUGGAGAAUAGUCAUGAAGUUGCUCAUGAUGAUCAAUAUGAAUCUAGUAUGCAAGUCUCAGCCUCAGGUGAACCCAGUUGUCUUGGUCAAAAACAGUUUGAGUUUAAGGCAGAAAAAUAUGAUUCAGUAAGUGAUGACGACAAAUUUGAGGAAGAAGAAGAAGAUGACAUAGCCAACAAAGAAGACUUUGUUGAAACUGAAGAGAUAUCUACUUUAGAACCAAACACAAAAAAUGAGAAGAAAGAUGAGCUGUGUAUUGGAAUGGAGUUUAGUUCUAAUGAAUCUGCGCAUAAAGCUUAUGAAAAGUUUGGAGGAGUACAUGGUUUUGAUGUAAGAAAACAACGGAGGAAGAUAAAAAAUAAUAAGGUGGUGAGGCUUCUUUAUGUUUGCUCGAAAGAGGGGUUUAGGAAGGAAACCAAGAAAAAAACAAGUUAUUCACAACGAAUUACUCGAUGUGGUUGUAAAGCUCAUAUGGCUUGCUACCUUCAAAGGACAGGAAAAUUUAAGAUUGUGUCUUUCAACCAGAGUCACAACCAUGAUUUAGUGGAGACGCCUAUGAAGCAUUUUAUGAAAGGAAAUCAGAUGUUCUCUGUCGCUCAAACACAACAUGCUGAUGAUGCUGAGAUGUCAGGAAUUUCAGCAAAAGCAACCGUCGAAAUGAUGAGUAGAGAAGUUGGGGGAAGAGAAAAUUUGGGUUUUUUGGAGAAAGAUUAUGGAAAUUAUAUUUACCGAAAGCGAAUGGAAAAAAUGGUAAAAGGAGAUGCUGGAGCAGUUUUAGAAUACUUUCAAAAGAAGAAAGAGGAUAAUUCAUCUUUUUUUUAUUCAAUACAACUUGAUGAAGACGAUAUGAUCACAAAUAUCUUAUGGGCAGAUGAUCGGUCCAUAAGUGAUUACAAUCUUUUUGGAGAUGUUGUUUGCUUUGACACAACUUAUAAGACCAAUGAAUAUGAUAGACCAUUUGCUCCAUUUGUAGGGGUCAAUCAUCAUAAGCAAACUGUUGUGUUUGGUGCUGCUUUACUAUAUGAUGAAACCACAUAG